AAAGCGGUGAAAUCUCUCUGCAAGCCCUAACUUCACAAACUCAGUUGCUUGGCAUCUUAGACUCGAGAGAAAGCUGUUGAAGGGGGAGUGAAAGGCGCAGGAACAGUAAAAGAUGACAGACUAUGACGGCAAUGGAGAGGAUGUAGGCCACAAUAGAGACAAUUACGGAGCUUCGCCUCAGCCCAAAACCGCCGCCUUCUACGGUGGCGCCGAAGAACACAGCGACUCCAAGUCUCAGCAUAGUUCACGUGACUAUGAGAAAGAAAGAGAAUCGUCUAGAAGCAAGGACAAGGAAAGGGAAAAAGGGCGAGAUCGGGACCGUGAUAGAGAUCAAGAUAGAGGGAGAGACAGGGACAGGGAAAAGUACAUUGAUCGCCACCACAGAGACCGCAAUAGGGAUCGAGGUGAAAGAAGGGAGAGGGAGAGGACUAGAGAUAGAGAAGAUGAUGGUAACUACAGAGGUCGUGACAGAGACAGGCGACGGGAUUACGACAGAGAUAGAGAGGAUAGACACAAACGUAGGUCCAGAUCUCGCUCCAAAGAUAGAUCUAAGCAUAAAUCAAAUUCAGGAUCACCUUCUCGCUCCAAAAGUAAAAGGAUCAGUGGUUUUGAUAUGGCACCUCCUUCUGCUACAAUGUUGCCUGGUGCGACUGCUGCUCCAGGCCAGGUUCCUGGUACCAGCCCACCCAUUCCUGGAAUGUUCUCUAAUGUGUUUCCCAUGGCACCAGGACAGCAGUUUGGGGCUCUUCCUAUGAUGCCUGUUCAAGCAAUGACUCAACAUUAUCAGGCAACCAGACAUGCUCGGAGAGUUUAUGUUGGAGGACUUCCUCCAAAUGCAAAUGAGCAGUCUAUUGCAACCUUCUUUAGUCAUGUUAUGUCUGCAAUUGGAGGAAACAGUGCCGGCCCUGGCGAUGCUGUUGUGAAUGUUUAUAUAAACCAUGAGAAGAAGUUUGCUUUUGUUGAGAUGAGAUCUGUUGAGGAAGCCAGUAAUGCCAUGGCUUUGGAUGGCAUUAUUUUUGAGGGGGGACCAGUUAAGAUCAGAAGACCCAGUGAUUACAACCCCUCACUGGCAGCUACUCUUGGUCCUAGUCUACCAAACCCUAAUCUCAAUCUUGCAGCUGUUGGAUUAGCACCUGGUUCUGCUGGAGGGCUUGAAGGUCCUGACCGUAUUUUUGUGGGUGGUCUUCCCUAUUAUUUCACAGAAGCACAAAUCAGGGAAUUGCUUGAGUCUUUUGGCCCUCUACGAGGAUUUGAUCUUGUGAAAGAUAGAGAAACUGGAAACUCAAAAGGCUAUGCCUUCUGUGUCUACCGGGAUGUCUCAGUCACUGACAUUGCCUGUGCAGCUCUUAAUGGGAUUAAAAUGGGCGAUAAAACUCUCACCGUCAGACGUGCUAACCAAGGUACAACACAGCCUAAACCUGAGCAAGAUAGUAUCUUGUUACAUGCACAGCAACAGAUAGCUAUGCAGAGGUUAAUGCUACAACAACCUGGGCCACCAUCUACGAAGAUUGUGUGCCUAACGCAGAUGGUAGAUGAAGAAGAGCUCAAAGAUGAUGAGAACUAUGCAGAUUUAUUGGAAGACAUUAAAAUGGAAUGUGGGAAGUUUGGUGAUUUGGUGAAUGUUGUUAUUCCCCGCCCAAACCCAAAUGGCAGCCCUUCACCAGGAGUUGGAAAGGUGUUUUUGGAGUAUGCAGAUGUUGAAAGUGGUAAAAAAGCUUUGUCAGGACUGAACGGCAGAAAAUUCGGUGGCAAUGUUGUUGUUGCCAUCUUCUAUCCAGAGAACAAGUUCUCUCAGGGAGAGUACGAUGGCUAGUUUUACAUUAGCUCCCUAGCUAGGUAGUCAGAUACUCUUAUGUGGUAGAGAAACUCGAUCUAAUGUCUCUCUCGCGAUCAAGUGGGUUUGUAAUCUUUGACAACUGAACUGAACGCCAAGGAGUUGAACUUGAGACUGUAUGCCUAACCACAUGUCUUGGCCUUGCCCUUCAAUUGCUGGACUAUGCCAUAUUGCCAUGCCAGGCUUUAAAUUUUUUACUUUACAAUCUUCUUCCUGGUUCUCAUAUCCAGUUAUUUAAGUAGAUUGCGCCUCAAAACCUCGGGCUUAAUUGCGCUUCUUAGGGCUUUAUUUUUUAUCCUUACACAUCUCAUCGUAUGUAUUAUUAUAUAAAUAUCAGUGUAUAAUACUAUAGAGCAUAUGUUUUUUCCUUUUCUGUUU